AUGCGCACCUUGCGGUUGACAAAGAACUUUACAAAAGGUUGGUGCUCUGGUUCUGUUUUUUGUGUACUAUUGUUGACACAAGGUAGAUUCAAAGAUUGGAGUGAACAAUAUGGAGAUGUAUUCUCCCUCAAGAUCGGGAAAGGCACCAUGAUAGUGCUCAAUAGCAAACGGGCUGUGUACGAGUUGAUCGAUAAAAGAAGCGCAAUAUACUCGUCCAGGGCAAACGACGAGCAGUUUCGUACUGCGCUAAAGAACGAAAACAUUGCCAACAUGGACGCGGAUGCCGGAUGGAGAGCCCAACGUAAGAUUACGGCACGAUUUCUCGCACCUGCCAAACUGGACGGUGAGCUUGCAAAGAUUUCGGAGGCAGAGAUUACCACGCUAAUGCACGAUCUGAUUGUCAGCCCUGAAGAUUUCAGUAAACACAUCAAUCGUUCCAGUGCUUCAUUCUCCGCCAUUGCGCUUUAUGGGCAACGUGCGACCACCCACGAUGUAUUUUGGGCUACAUUUGUCUACGAAGCUAUGGACGUAAUGAACAAAGUCGUAAGCCCUGGUACAUAUCUUCCAUCGGAGCAAUUUCCAAUCUUCAAACUGUUGCCUAAACGAUGGAAUCCGGCCCAUGCACGUGCAGAGGAAAGUUUCCGUUUCUGCACAGGUCUAUUCACUGAAGCUCAGAAACGUGUGGAGGCGCGGCGAAGUCAGGGUGACAAACGUACCUCCCUCAUGGACGAGUUGCUCGACGAGAACACGCGAUCGGAUACGUCGUUCACAGGGACAAAGCUCGCAAACUUCUUAGGAGCUCUGAUGGAGGGCGCUGCCGACACGGGUGCUCUAUCCAUGCGCACAAACAUCAUGUUUCUUGCUACCCACCCAUGGGUCCAAGAUAAGGCUCAGAAGGAGCUAGAUACACUCUGUGGUGCAGACAGAAUGCCCACCUGGGCGGACUUUAAAGAUCUACCGUACAUCAACUGUAUUAUGAAGGAAGGCCUACGGAUUCGACCCGUAGUUCCCACCGGUAUCCCGCAUGCCUGCACUCAAGAUAACUGGUAUGAAGGCAUGUUGAUUCCCAAGGACGCCACCAUAAUGAUUCCCCUAUGGGCUCUUCACCAUUCUCAAUACGACGACCCCGACACUUACAAUCCUGACCGCUACCUGAAUCACCCAGGUUUGGCAAGCGAGUACGCUGCAAGCCAUGACUACCAGAACCGCGACCACUACUCCUACGGAGCUGGCCGCCGCAUCUGCCCAGGGAUCCAGCUCGCAGAGCGUACGCAGUUCCGAAUGCUUUCGGCAAUGCUGUGGGCUUUCCGUCUUGAGCACGCUAUUGAUGAGAAAACGGGCAAGGAGAUUCCGAUCGACACAGAGGCAUUCGAGGACAAGUUGAUCACGGGACCGAAGGCGUUUCAGGUCAGGUUUACGCCGAGGAGCCUGAAGCAUGUGGAAGUUAUCAAGAAAGAACUAGGUAAUGUCAGUGGGCUAUUGAAGACUUGGGAGUAA